UGAAUGGAAACAUGAAAUCUCAUUUACCCAAUGAUAAUUUUCCUCCCAAAACUGAGAAUCAAGAAGAUAAUCAUGAUACCCAUGAAGAAGAUGAUGAAGAUGAUGAACUGGGUUAUGAUCCUAAAAAAGCGGGUUCGGGUUCGGGUUCAGUUAUUCUUCAAGAUAGAGAGAGUGAAACGGAUUCAUCGGAUAACCCGAUUCUUCGACGAUCAAAGAGGAUUCGGAGGAAACCAGAAGCGUUAGAGAAUCUUGAUUAUGAACAAAAUCAGAUUCAGAUUCAGAAGAAGAGGAAAAUAGUUCGGGUUGAGACUGAACAUGAACCCGACUCGGUUAGCUCAAUUUCUUGUACAAGUCCAGAUGAAGAUGUUGCUUAUUGUUUGAUGUCGAUGAAGAAUGAUAAAUGGGUUUUUAAAGAAGAUGAUGAUGAAGAAGAUGGUGAAGAAGAUGGUGAAGAAGAAGAGGUUGAUUCAGACUCGCCGGAAAACAGGAAGAAUGAUCGGAAAACCAGAGGAAAGUAUAAAUGUGAGACUUGUUUGAAAAUAUUCCGAUCAUAUCAAGCUUUAGGAGGUCACCGAGCAAGUCAUAAGAAAACUCGAUCAAUUCCCAUUCCAAAUCCGAUUCCGAUUCCAACAUUUGAAGAACAAGAAAACGAUGAUCAGAAAAUUCAUGAAUGUCCUGUUUGUUAUAGAGUAUUUUCUUCAGGGCAGGCAUUAGGUGGGCAUAAGAGAUCGCAUGUUAUUGCGGCGGCGGCGGCGGCGGUGGCGACGAGUUCGAUUCAGCGACGACCAGCUCCGGUGAAGAGAAAGAGUAAUGUAACGAUGAUUGAUCUUAACCUUCCUGCUCCAAUGGAGGAUGAUGAUGAUGAGGAUGAUGAGAGAGAAUGGGGGAAUUGAAGAGGUAAAAGAUUGAUUUUUUCUGUUUCUUUCUCAUUUUCUUGAUAAAGUAUUGUUAGUAGAUUGGAUUAAAUGGAGAAAGGCAUGAGUUUUUUUGAAAAUUGUUUUUGGGUUAAAAUAGGAUUUUGAAAAUAGUAUUGUUUGACCUAGCUAGAACAGUAGAAUGGGUGAAUGAAGAAGAUGAAGUUCUCUCUCUUUUGU